ACGCUGCAGCACAUCCGAACUUGUCGCACACACAUAUUUCUUGUCUUCUUACUAUAUGAUUUUGACAUUCCAUACACACUGUACAGUGGAACUUGUGUGACAGCUGUGAUGCGGCACUAUAUUUUGUCAACAAUAAAAAUUGCUUUCGUCGGAAAAAGUUCUGUGAAUACUGUGUGAACCCACUCGACACAAAUCUCCCAACGUGAUCAACCAAGACGUAACAUCUUUUGUGUCAACCAAACGGGCAUUUUUGCAUAGUUUUUAAUUUAGGUUUCUUGCAAUUUUUGUGCAGACUAUGCGGAUAAUUAGCGGAUUGGUGGUGAUAGUUUGCACAUUGCCACUGCUAAUCAAAGCUCAAUUGGAUCCACUUAAAGUAGCGCAGCGACAGUCAUCAAUUACACUUCCACCAUGCAAACUGUGCCGAACAUUUGUCGAUUCAUUCCAAAAGGCCAUGGAGAAAACGUCACGAGGAAAGCACGAAAGCGGUGAUACGGCUUGGGAGGAGCAAAAUUUGAAUGUGUAUGCAAAAAGUGAAGUGCGUUUUACAGAGACUGCCGAUCAUGUGUGUGGCGAUGUAUCAAAAUCACAAGAUCAAUGCUACAGCUUUUUCGAAGACAUUGAAGAUGAGCUAUCGUUAUGGUUCACAAAGAAACAAGAUGAAAAUCCCGAUCUCCAUGGAUAUUUAUGUAUAGAUUUUAAGAAAGUGUGUUGCCCAUCGAAUACGUACGGUGAAAAUUGUUCACCAUGCAGCGAUUGUAAUGGCAACGGAGCGUGUAAAGGCAAUGGCACACGCAAGGGCAGCGGCAAGUGCUCGUGUCAUGCUGGGUAUACCGGUGAAUUCUGUUCUAAUUGUGCGUUAGACUAUUUUGAAUCGUUUCGAGAUGAAACAAAACUGUUGUGUAGCAAAUGCCAUAUUGCAUGCGAAAAGAACACCGGAUGCACAGGAGCUGGUGCCAAAGGGUGUCGCGUUUGCAAAAAAGGAUGGACCAUGGAAUCAGAACAGGGUUGUGUUGAUGUCGAUGAAUGCGCUAUCGGCACACACAAAUGCACCAUCAACGAAUUCUGUGUCAACAACGAUGGCUCCUUCGAAUGUCUCAAAUGUGACCGAGCAUGUGAAGGAUGCACUGGUGAUGGACCUGAUUUGUGUGACAAGUGCGCAGAAGGCUAUGAACUUCGAAACGGAAUGUGUACAGACUUGACCAGCGAGCGACGGCUUCGAUGGGAAACGUUCACGCGUUACGUGACCUAUAUCGGAUUAUGCAUUGCAACAUGUCUCACAUUUAAAAGUUCUACAUGGAUUGCGUCAAUAAUUGGCGUGGCCGUCGCUUUGUACAUUUCCGUAUCUGAAUAUUGGCUUAAUUCGCAUCCAACACAAGCGAAUGGUCCACAAUCGCUUGAGAAUUUUUUCUCACAACAAAAUUUAUCCUAAAAACCAUCAAUCUUCCAAUAGCAACAAACAACAGCGAAAUCCUUUGAAAAAUUACACACAUUUUACAUAUGUAUUUCCGUUUGAAAAUAAUCCGACACGAACAUUUCAUCAUACACCCAAACUCAAUUGCGACGACUCAUUUUCUUUUCAUCUUCAAUGGAUUUGUUUUUAAAAUCGAAAUUCACGUUGUCAAUUGCAGAUGUAAAUGUGACGAAUAUUGAGAGUUCAACGGCUGAAGAUCAAUCGAGUGACACAACAUCCGAGGAAUUUAGCGAUCAAGAUGGAAAAGACAAAGAUGAACUUUAAUUUAUUUAAAUUGUUAGGCAUUAGAGUGAGUUCGACAGGUUCUAGUAAAAAGAGAGAUGUGAUUGAUAUCGUAGUCCAUUUUAAAUACCAGCAUGAACAACGUGUUUCUUCUUCUAAAUAGGAAACAGUGAUACAUUUACUAAUAUUCCGCUGCUUUUCAUUUCACAAAUAGCUUCGCACAUUCAUAAGUAAUGAAUCAAUGACAGGUUGACAAAAAUUUAGAAAAGAUGACAUUUCAUAGGAUAUCAAACAACAUGCAUUUUUCAAUCACAAAAAGAAACCCAACAAAUAGCAAUAAUUACCUAGCUUCUGAAUGAGAAAAAGAGCCAUCAUAUGCAAAUGUGGAAUUUCUUUUUUUUUCUUUUACACUUAAUAUGUGCAUUUAUAUUCAAUUUAUAAUUAUUGCAGUAGAUCCAAAGAUAAAAUGUGAAUUACAAAAUUUCAAUAUUAUUUCAGCCGUUGAAUUUAGCCAAUUUGAAUUAGUUUGCUCGAAAAAUAUAUUCAAACACUUCAAUCGUUCCAUUUGUACAGUUUUACGUUUAAAUAAAAUUUCAAUUAAUUUAGCCAAUAUGAUUUACAGAACAUCUUCUGUUUAGUAAAGCAAAGAGCCCAAAAUAAAAAUGAACUACGUUUCAUAACUGAAGUAAA